AACAUUGAGACAACGUGAGCUAGCAGACACGGCCACUCUGAAACAAUGCAAGAACCUCAGCGGCUCAAGAAUGGAGUCAAAGCGAAGUUGCACACGGACGUGCUCGAGAAAGAUGAGACCGAAUUGCGGCUGGAGAAGGCUCUCUUCGGGGACGACGUAGGUUUUCUUGAGUCGUUGAAGAGGGACCAAAUCCAGGAUGACCGGUCGUUGGUGCGGCGCAAGCACGGAAAGGAUGACGAGUCUGAAGAAGACGACGCUGAUGGAGGACUGAGCGACGUGGCGGACGACGACUUGUUUUUUCUCGACACCGGCGCCGAACAGCUCCCCGCCUCUGUUUCGAAGGAACUCGAACGUGCGGAACAAGAGCACGGUCACUUACGUCCAGAGGCCGUUUGGCACGAUAGCGACGACGACCGGAUCACCGUCUCACUCGCCUCGAACACUCGCUUGCGCAAGCUUCGCGACACGGAAGAUGACGAUGUGGUUAGUGGGAGAGAAUACAUCCAGAGACUACGACGGCAAUACGAGAGGCUUCAUCCAACACCAGAGUGGGCCACGUAUGCCAGAAAGAGGAGAAAGUUGUCUUCUCGCUCGGAUGAUCAUGAAGCAGUGUCCGACUCAGACGUGUCCAUGGACGAGAAUGACUCGCUCCCUUCGGCCCAACCUCUAGCGGAACUGCUACGAACCGCAGGAUCUCUGAACCGGACCGACACCAAGAAACAAGGCACGAGGGGGACGCGCAAGUUGCGGCCAGAAGUCAUCGAUAUCCAGCGCUGCAAAGACGUAGCGGGCUCCGGCCCUUCGUCAGUCGACACGUUGCAAUUCCACCCAUACUACCCACUCCUUCUUUCCGCAGGACCGAGUUCCACAGUUACGCUGUACCACAUCUCGCCUCAACCGCCGAAUCCCAACCCGAUCCUGACCUCCCUGCAUUUGAAAGGCACCCCUCUGUACACGGCAGCAUUCUGCCGGCCGCGAGCACAACCUGCUGCAGGCGAAGACGGAAGCGAAGCCCAUGACCAGACAAAAGUCUUCCUCUCCUCCCGGCGCCGGUAUUUUCAUACCUGGUCGCUUUCCGCCGGCACAGUGACCAAAGUCACUCGCGCGCUCUAUGGCCAGGCCCGCAAAGAGCAGCGGACGAUGGAAGCUUUCAAGCUCUCGCCGUGCGGUCGCUACAUGGGACUCGUCGGGUCGUCAAAGAAAGGAGGCGGGAGCAUCAACGUGCUGUCGACGGAGACCAUGCAGUGGGUGUGCAGCUGCCGGAUUGAUUCACGCGGCGGGGUGGCGGACUUUGCGUGGUGGCGCAACGGGGACGGAUUUGCCGUGGUGGGGAAGAACGGAGAGGUCAGCGAGUACGACAUCGAGGCGCGGCGAGUGGUCUUGAGGUGGAUGGACGAGGGCGCCGUCGGCACCACCGUCAUUGCACUCGGCGGCGAUGUCGGACAGCAGUACCGGGGCGGAAGCCGUUGGGUCGCCGUGGGCUCGUCGAGCGGAGUCGUCAACUUGUACGACCGGCGCGGGUGGAUGGGCCUGACGACGACGACAGCUACCACGGGACAUGCCGCCGACAAGGACGACAGGCCCAAGCCGGCGAGGAUGUUCGACCAGCUCACGACCCCGAUCUCGCACCUCGAGUUCUCGGAGGACGGCCAGAUGCUGGUCAUGACGUCGCGCUGGAAGAAGAAUGCCCUGAAACUGGUGCACCUGCCCAGCUGCACGUUGUACCGGAACUGGCCGACCGACAAGACGCCGUUGGGGAGGAUCAGUGCCGCCGCAUUGUCGCCGGACGGGAGCUACCUCGCAGUGGGGAACGAGCAGGGAAAGAUCAGACUGUGGGAGAUACGCGAGUAGGUAGCAGGAUGAUUUCUACCCCCGCGGGGGUCAGUAAUAGCUCAAGUUUGCGUACGACCGCGACCGUGUAAGUAUCAUGUAUGCAUGCAUGCAUGCGUGGCACACUCUCUUUAUCAUAAAAUCUUCCUUCAG